AUAAGGAUAAUGUUUAUGAUUAAAUUAUAAUAAUAAUGUAAUAGGCUAUUAUAUUUAAAAACCAAUCCAGUGUUUCUCAUGUCCCUUGUGAUCAUGCUGAACGCAGGAACCCCAGGGGCCCAACACUAGUCUCACUGCCUCGCGCAUUAGAGCAGGACUAAACACAGCUUGCGCAGCCCAAUGGACGCUUUUCAAUAUUUUCCAGUUAAUGUUUACUUAUCCAAUUCAGUUGUAAGAAAUCGGGUCAGAUCGAAAUGUGGCCAAUCACAGCCUGGGAGCCAAAAAGACUGAACGUCAGCCUGAGUUUUCUUUCACCAGCAUUAAAUGCCCAGCAGUCUACUGAAAACCAUAGAGGAGAUUCAAAUGACCAAUGGCAAUUUAAGAAUUCAAACUUUUGAAACUAUGGAAAACACUCAGCAUGUGUGAGUAGGGGAGAAUCAUUGUAAUAAUAGGUCAGAGAUACAUAUGAUCUCUCCAACCGCUAUAGGCCUGCGUCUGGUGUGUUAUAGUGGAAGAUGGCACCCCGGGGUUCCCACCCGAUAACUUGCAGUCACACCUCUUACGAACGGUUGCGUUGAACCUCAAACAAUUAGGAAAUGGAGAUGUGUGCGUGGGCCUUAUGGUCUCACGUGCAGCGAAACGUGCUGCUGCAAAACCGCCAGCAGGUUCAUGCGAGCACUUAGGUCUUACCGGGUCAUUUUCCAUCGUCCCAUAGUCUAAGCAGUGAGAUCUAUUAAUAUUGAAGGGAUGAAGGGAAUUAUUAUAGCCUAUUUGUCUUUGUUUUUGUUGCAAAUAUUGUUCCAAUAGGGCAUUACAAUGUUUUAAUUUUUAUUGAGCCAUUACUCAAUAAUCAUAUAUCUAAAUACAAACAUGGAAAUAUUGUAUUUCUAGUCUACCAUCAAAAAAAACAAAAAAAACUUCUGUUAAUUUUAAUGAAUAAAUAUAAGGCCUACUAUAAGGUAUCCACGAAACCUUUUGCCACAAACAGAAAAUUGUUACCCUUCACUAUUAACAUAAUGAUUAAUCUCUGCACUAUUUUUGCCAAUUUCAAACUAUACACUUCAAAAGCCAAACUCAAUAUUUUAUUUUAUCCCAGUGACUUUGGAAUAGAAAGCAAAUUCACAAAUUGAAUUGUAUGAGAACAUAUAGCAUAGCAGCCAUAGCAUUGAGAAGUGACUUAUACACAUGGGUCUAUAGACAGCACAUCCCAUCUUACUUCAGCUGCAGUGAGUGCUAGGAUAUCCACAUGUGAACCUCUUCUCCAAAGAGAACGAGUGCCUGUAAACUAUCCAUUGUAACCAACUGUAAUAUAUGAUCCAGAAGCUGAGCAGGAUGUCAAGUGACAGCCCACAGAGGCACACACUCUUAUUUACAAGUGUAUGUACUGAGAAAAAAAGUGUGUGUAAAAGUAAAGUGGUAGGCCUGAUAAUAAGGGGUGGAGUAGCCCUGUAAUGGGUAGAGCUAUAGCCCCCAGAUUGCUUUGACUCCGUCUUGGGUCCUGAUGAGUGGAGUCUGCAUCUUUUCACUCCUUGAAAGACAAUGCAGUUAUUAGUUGAUUGGUCGGAAAGCCGAGCCGUCUUUUGAUCGCCACAAAAGAUGCUCCAGGAGAAGGCCUCAGCUGUGAUAGAUGACCAUGUGACCAGGUCCCAGGCCAGGGAGGGGACCCAGAGUGUUCCCAACCCCUCACACCUGGCCGUGGCUGUAACUUCCAACAUUCCCAGUGGCAACGAGGCAGACCAGAACAUUGAGAACAUUAAGGUGGUUCUUCAUGAGAGGGAGCUAUGGAAGAAGUUUCAUGAAGCUGGCACUGAAAUGAUCAUUACCAAAGCAGGCAGGAGGAUGUUCCCCAGCUACAAGGUCAAGGUGACGGGAAUGAACCCCAAGACCAAGUACAUCCUGCUCACAGACAUCGUGCCAGCAGACGACCACCGAUACAAGUUCUGUGAUAACAAGUGGAUGGUAGCAGGCAAGGCGGAGCCUGCAAUGCCAGGCAGGCUCUAUGUGCAUCCUGAUUCGCCCGCCACAGGAUCACACUGGAUGAGGCAGUUGGUGUCUUUUCAAAAGCUCAAGCUGACCAACAACCAUUUGGACCCAUUCGGGCACAUCAUCUUGAACUCCAUGCACAAGUACCAGCCCAGGCUCCACAUAGUGAAGGCGGACGAGAACAAUGCCUUUGGCUCCAAGAACACUGCCUACUGCACUCAUGUGUUUCACGAAACCGCCUUCAUCUCGGUCACAUCUUAUCAGAACCACAAGAUCACGCAGCUGAAGAUAGAAAAUAAUCCAUUUGCCAAAGGGUUUCGGGGGAGUGAAGAAGGAGAUCUUCGCGUUUCACGACUACAGGGGAAAGACUAUCCCGUGAUCUCCAAAAAUAUGGUUCGCCAGAGACUCAUCUCCUCACAUGGCCACUUAGCAGGGAAGCUGGGAACUGGAGUCCUGACUGGGCAACCCCAAGUGCUGUCCUCCUACCAGUACACAGAUCCCGGGGCCCACUUCUCAAACUCAGACCACCAAGACCUUCUCUCCAGCUCUUUCCCCCAGAGCAGAGACCCUGGGCUUCUGUAUCACCGCUUCAAGCACAGAGCAGAUAACGCCAGGCACCUGGAGCUGGGAUGUACGCGGCCCUAUCUCGAGACGCCGGCUGCCGUGUCAGAAGAGCAUUACUUCCGUUCGGCGCCCUCUUACGAGUCCCCACUGCUGUCCCAUCCCUACUGCCCGGACGCCAUGAGCUCCAGGGAGGCCUGCAUGUACGGUGGAACGGAGGCAGAGGCCGGCUCAGGCACGGUGGAAGUAGAGGAGUUGAGUUCCCCGUCGCUGAACUGCAACAUGUGGGCCUCCAUGCAGCCGUACCCGCGCUACAGCGUGCAGACCGUGGAGGGCGUGGCCUAUCAGCCCUUCGCGGCGCACUUUGCCAACGCCGCCACCGUAGCGUCCGUGGUCUCGCCGCACUGCCCUGCCGCGGUUGCCAUGGCAGCGCGACCGCAGGCCGACCUCGGGGUCUAUAACCCUGCCGCCGCCGCCGCCGCCGCCGCCGCCGCCGCCCAGAGAGCCCUGCCCGUCGCGCAUUCUUCCUCCUCCACCUCCUCCUCCUCCUCCUCCUCCUCACCCACCGUCCCAGGAUUAAGAGAAAGAUCGAGCCAUCAAUCUCCUUAUCCCAGGAAGUCGGGAUCACCUCUCCGGCCUCCGAGAGAUUUCUCUGUCUAUCCUCCACAGAGCUGCAUGUCCAUCCGGGACGCCUCGUACCAGCACCAAAUGGGGCUGAGCAGCACAGGGACGCACUGGGGCGACUGAGGACUAAUGAGGACUGUGACGUGAGAGAGAACAGUUUCCAUUUGGACUGCAAAUCACAAUGAUGUGCCAUAAGCCUCUUGUUAGCCGCCUAUGCUAAAGCUAUGAGAUGGUAUCCGCGAUGAGAUCACUUUGACUUUGCCAAGCUAACGAUUGGAAGCCAUAUUCAAUACAGUUAAGAAGGUAGAUGACUUACCUGAACACUCAGUGUCAAAUGCAGUUUUGAAGCACUGUAUACCAGGAUAUAAUGGGGGCCAACUAACUAGUGCCAACUCAAUUGUGGAUCACCACUAAACUCUGUGGAUGCACAGAAUAAGAACAGUUCCUUUCAAUAUGUUUUAUAAUGUACUCCAUUGUCCCACAAGAUUAUAUAUUAUGCAUUUAGUGUGCCAAUAAAGAGGUAAAUCCCAUCAAGAGAGCAGGGAGAAUAAUAGAGAAAUGUAAGCAAUUAAACUAUGAUAAACGUAUGCAUAGGGAUCUAUAACACAAGAUUUUGAAGCAGUUAAAGGCUAUAGAUGCUUUAAGGUGCGCCUAUAUCACACUCUGAUAAUGAGAAUCAAGAGUGCAGCACUUGUCUAUUUUGUUCAAUAUAACUCGAAGCUGGUCUAUCCUGUUGCAUGUUAACAAAAGACUGAACCACAACAGAGUGGUGUGCGCUAAGUGCUUGGCUCCAAAUCUACCACUCCAAAGAGAAGGCUCAGUUAAAGAGGGACAGUAAAGCGAUCAUAGGCCAACCAGAUGGGGGCUUAAAGAACUGCUUUUAAAGCACAGGAAAAGAGUGCACCACUCAAAUCCCAGUCCCAAAGACCCGGGUUGGAAAAAGUCUGCAAAUGCAAAACAGCCCCAACAGGGAGCGGAGAGAAGUUCAGGCAGGGGAUAGCGGCUCCGUUAUUUGACCCAACGAGUCUUGCGUGGUGAGAAAAGGGAUCAAAACAACGUGUAGAUCUGCAUAAUCCCUUAAACUUCUUCUAACUGAUUCAUUAUAUCAUUUUUGAAUAAAAAAGAUGUUUGCACACCUAAAAUAAUAAACAUUUUCGAGACCCAAACUGGUAUAAUUGAUUCAAAUUAGCUUGUGGCCUGACUGUGUUCCUCUUAUUUUAAGUCUUUAUGGUUCGUUAUAUAAUUGGGAAUUUUAUGUAUUAUUAUUUUGAAUAAAUCUUUGAAAUGUU